AUGCUGCUGAAGGACCCCGAGACUGCUGCACGCCCUGAAGCGCUGCUGGAGGUAGAGGCGCGGCUUUACUUUGUCUCUGCGAUUGCUAACCGCAUUCAACUGAAUGUGCCCCCAGGGGGAACACAAGGAGACAGCAACAGCAGCAACAACAGCAGCAGCAGCGUCAAUACAGCAGCCCCAAGCACAGACCCGCGAAGCGAUAACUUCCUGCUGCAGCUGCUGCCGCUGCUGCCGCAGCUGGCAUUCUCAGCGCCGCCCGCAGCUUCCUCGGGGUCCCCCGUAGAAAUCACAGAACAGGGAGCCCUGCAACUCUUCUUGCAUGCAGCAGCAGCUCGAGCUAUCUCUUGGCUUGCUGGCCGUGUACUGCCGCAGCAUCAGGAGUUGUUUGCCCCUCUCUUCUCUCUCCUCGUCACUCGUGCGCUGCAGUUCGUUGCUUCGCUCCCGGAGGCGGCAAAGGACUCGAAUGCUGCUCUUAUACGUCUGUCUACUGAGGCGUUGCUGGUGGAGGGCCUUUCUUCGCUUGUUGCUGCAGCAGCAAGCUUCAUCCCAUCGCCAGGAAGGGAAGAGGAUGUGCAUGCGCUUCUGCAUGCCCUCAUAGACGCAUUCUCUAGGCCGGGACUGAGUCUAGACAACAGCUCCUCCCUGGUGCACACAGCGGGGUACGUCAUCUCCUGCUUGGACGCUCCCCGUAUUCGCGUGCUCUUUGCGCAGCUUCUACAAGUAAGUGGAGCUUUAUAA